GAAUUGACGAGCAGAGGCGACGCAGCGGUUACCCAGAGUGCCCCACGCGCUGCCCGCCCUUCCGCCGCGCUCGAAGAUGGCUGCCAUGGAGGGUGCGCUGAAUGUGUUGGGCCAGCGGUCGUCGGGAGACUCGGUCCGGACACAGAACGUGAUGGCAGCAGCCUCCAUUGCCAAUAUUGUGAAAAGCUCCUUGGGACCAGUUGGUCUGGAUAAAAUGUUGGUGGAUGAUAUUGGCGAUGUCACCAUCACUAAUGAUGGGGCUACAAUUCUCAAGAUGCUUGAAGUAGAGCAUCCAGCUGCCAAGGUAUUAUGUGAAUUAGCAGAUCUUCAAGACAACGAAGUAGGAGAUGGUACAACAUCGGUGGUUAUUAUUGCUGCAGAGCUUUUGAAGGGUGCAGAUGAAUUGGUCAAACAGAAAAUUCAUCCAACAUCAAUCAUUGGUGGUUAUCGUCUUGCUUGCAAGGAGGCUGUCCGUUAUAUUCAGGAAAAUCUGACUGUUAAUACAGAUGAGCUGGGCAGAGAGUGUCUCGUCAAUGCUGCUAAAACAUCAAUGUCAUCGAAGAUAAUUGGCGUUGAUGCAGACUUCUUUGCCAACAUGGUGGUAGAUGCUGUUCAUGCUGUAAAAUUCACUGAUGCCAAAGGACAGGCCCGAUAUCCGAUCAAAGCUAUUAAUGUGCUAAAGGCACACGGACGUAGUCAAAGAGAGAGUAUUUUGGUGAAUGGAUAUGCACUUAAUGCUACAGUUGGUUCACAAGGAAUGACCAAACGAAUUGUCAAUGCUAAGAUUGCAUGCUUGGACUUCAGUCUGCAGAAGACAAAAAUGAAGCUGGGCGUUCAAGUUGUCAUCUCUGACCCUGAAAAACUGGACCAAAUCCGACAGAGAGAGUCUGAUAUCACAAAAGAACGAAUCCAGAAAAUCUUGGCCACAGGUGCCAAUGUCAUUCUGACCACUGGUGGCAUAGAUGAUAUGUGUCUAAAAUAUUUUUUGGAUGUUGGGGCUAUGGCAGUGCGCCGAUGUCUGAAGAGAGAUUUAAAGAGAAUUGCAAAAGCAAGUGGAGCUACAAUGUGUUCAACACUGACAAACCUGGAAGGAGAGGAGACAUUUGAAGCUUCCAUGUUAGGCCAGGCUGAAGAAGUGGUUCAAGAAAGAAUAUGUGAUGAUGAACUAAUUCUUAUUAAGAACACAAAGAGUCGUACUUCUGCUUCCAUUAUCUUGCGUGGAGCAAAUGAUUUCAUGUGUGACGAGAUGGAGCGCUCCCUCCAUGAUGCACUCUGUGUGGUGAAGAGAGUUCUCGAGUCCAAGUCGAUAGUACCAGGAGGUGGUGCAGUGGAAGCUGCACUGUCCAUCUAUUUGGAGAACUAUGCAACUAGUUUGGGAUCACGUGAGCAACUUGCAAUUGCUGAAUUUGCUCGGGCUUUGUUGGUCAUUCCAAAGACGCUGGCAGUAAAUGCAGCUCAAGAUUCAACGGAUUUAGUAGCCAAAUUGCGUGCAUUCCACAAUGAAGCCCAGGUAAAUCCUGAGCGCAAGAAAUUGAAAUGGAUUGGCCUUGAUUUAGUGAAUGGUAAACCAAGAGACAACAAGCAAGCUGGAGUAUUUGAGCCAACUCUAGUGAAAACUAAGAGUUUGAAGUUUGCAACAGAAGCCGCUAUUACCAUCCUUCGCAUUGACGAUCUUAUCAAACUUUAUCCAGAGGAGAAGCAGGACAAAGGAAAGAGUUACCAUGAUGCAGUUCAGAGUGGAGAACUGGAGGGUUAAAGCAACAAUAGAUGUAGCCGCAGUAUUUGUCAUACACUAUUUGUACUUUAGUAUGUUAGCAAAAUGCAACGUUAAAUAUUCCUUUAUCUAUUGUUCAUGUUACUGUGGCGCAUAUAGUGAAUAUUCAAGUCCCAUCUAGUGUGUAAAAGGAAUAAGGUGAAAAUCCCCAUCCUGUCCAGGCAGUUCCAGACUCCAGCGACUGGCAGGAGGAGUGUCGCGGCUUCUCUGAGCUGUUGAAAACUGUUUGUCUUCAAUAAAAGUUUGAAGUGAAAGGAUAGAA